ACUAUUUCACUGUAUCAACCCGUGGAUUGAGAUUCCAUCGUGCAGCUGGAAACAUUCUAGUAUUGCGGCGGGAUUCAUACGGACUUACGGCGAUGCACAUGUUUGUUGUAUUUGUGGUUGUACAUUUUGUUGCCGCUGCAUAA